UUAACAUAACUGAUUCUCAAUGCCUCUUCUAUGAUGGUGAAGUGCGUGGUCCGGGGUUGUCCGAACCUCAGCAGGCCAAGACCAGAAUAUCCAAAUCAACCCUGCAAGCGCUUCUACAGUUUUCCUAAUGAUCCGGCCCGAGUGAAAGUGUGGUUAGCCGCUCUACGGGAGACGGACAGAGAUCCGAAUGAGCGGCAUGUAAUAUGUGAGGACCACUUUUUGGCUGAUCACAUCACGCCGCAAGGAAUUAGCGAGGAUGCGAUCCCGAUCAUGCCACCGUACUUAGAUGGGCCGCUGUGGAACUCGGAUGAACCUGGAGAGUGUCCGGAUACCGCCGAGGUGGUGGCUGAAGUAGCUGAUGAUGAUGAUGAAGAUGACGAUGACGACGAAGACUGUUAUUUAGAAUCUGAGGGUCAGUACGGCGCGGAAAAUGUGCCCCAGAGUUCGGGGAACGCCGAAGUCCUUGACAGGGAAAGGGCAGGCGUGGGAAAAGAGCCAGGUUCUAAAAAAGGUAAGAGGUUUGAUUUAUUUCCCCCCCCCCCCCCCCCUGGAGGUUUCGUUCGAUGUGACGUGUCGCUCGGGAGGCUAACCAGACACUUCAUGGACCUGCUCAGCUCAGCGCCCAACGGGAUCUUGGACCUCAACGAGGCCUGUCUAAGGCUGGGCACACGAAAGAGGCGGGUCUAUGACAUCACCAACGUGUUGGAUGGCAUUCAGCUCAUCAAAAAAGAAUCAGCCAGCAAGAUUAAAUGGAUCGGCUCAGUCCCUGCCAGCCGCAUAGGGAGUCGUCAGCAGACCAAACUGAAGGAGGAGUUGCUGAACCUGAGGGUGAUGGAACAAGCUCUGGAUGGACUCAUUAAAGACUGUGCCCAUCAGUUGUUUGCCUUGGUCGACCUCAAAGACAACGCUGACGUAGCCUACGUCACCCAUGAAGACAUCCGUCGGAUCGACGCCUUCCAGGAACAGACUGUCAUUGCCAUUAAAGCUCCUGAGGGGACCAAACUGGAGGUCCCUGCUCCUACAGAGGACGGUAUCCAGAUCCAUCUAAAAGGUAGCAAAGGUCCAAUCCAAGUGCUGACUUGUGAGAUCGCGAACCCACAGGAAACAAAGGACUUGGAGGAGGUCAAAACAGGUCACUUUCAUACACUAGAGGAGAGCAGAAUAAAAACGAUGCCACUCCUACCAGAAGCGUCAAGUCCUCAGCCUGCUGUUCAGAGCGCAUAAGGAUUUUGACCCCCGUCCGACACACACACACACACACACACACACACACAGACACCUCACAGUAUGUUUUCUCUUCCCCUGACAGACUUUAAUCGUGUGAAUAUAUUUGAUUAAAAUAAGUAAUAAGUAAAAGCAAAAAAAAAAAAGA